GCGCGCGCGAGCCCCAAAGCGAGCGACAUGUCCCUGCGGGGAGCAGUGUUUCUGCACCCCAGAGUGAGGAGGACGCAGGGGUCAGAGGUGGCUGCAGGGCGGGCAGAGGAGGGACCUGUGGAGUGGGGUGGGCUGGUGGCCUGGGAGCAGUCAAGCAGGGAGGCCAGCUGGUGACAAGAGAACCCAGAGGCACCUGGGGCUGUGUGGAGAGCCCGGAAGAUUGCAGCCAUGCCUCACAGCUCCGACAGCAGCGACUCCAGCUUCAGCCGCUCUCCUCCCCCUGGCAAACAGGACUCAUCCGAUGAUGUGAGAAAAGUUCAGAGAAGGGAGAAAAAUCGCAUCGCUGCCCAGAAAAGCCGACAGAGGCAGACACAGAAAGCCGACACCCUGCACUUGGAGAGCGAAGACCUGGAGAAACAGAACGCGGCCCUGCGCAAAGAGAUCAAGCAGCUCACAGAGGAGAUGAAGUACUUCACAUCAGUGCUGAGCAGCCACGAGCCCCUGUGCUCAGUGCUGGCCACGGGCACGCCCUCACCCCCCGAGGUGGUGUACAGCACCCAUGCCUUCCACCAGCCUCACGUCAGCUCCCCGCGCUUCCAGCCCUGAGCUCCCAGAGGUGGGGGAGAGCGGAGCCCCCCACCCCCAGCUGCUCCGGCAGGCCUCAGGAGGGGCACACAGACUGUGGCCAGGCUGCCCUCGUCCCUCGGAGCCCUCUCUCCAGCUGGAGACCGGAGGCAGAGGCCUGGACAAGGAUUGAGCACAGGACCGUAGCAGCUGGAAGAGUGUGAGACCUCCCAGCAGUGAGGCAGCCCGUCGGUGUGUGCUGGACCCUAUGUGGGUGGGAGGCCCCAUCCAGAGUUGUACCAAGCAUAAUGCCCGAGUCCCGUGGCAGAGGGAGGAGGGCAGGAAAGUGUUAUUUUUCUAAAUAAAUGUCUUAAAAAGAAGCCAA